UAGGAAGCCAAUAAUGAGGAUGGAUAGCUUUCGUCCUCCUACGGCUCGAUUUGACCUUGUGCGCAAUGCUUUGCGCAGAAUAGAGCAAUGUGUAUGAGGGAUGUAUGCAUUACAGAGAGGACCAAGCAAACUCGUCGCAAGCACCCGCAGAGGGCCAACGAAAUCUCUCAAUAACCUUGAAAAGAAGGACCACGAGAAAGAUUCUAGUGAGGAAAAUACAAUGAGCUCUCCAAAGCCUACUUUUAACUACAACCAGCACCAUGUAAAUGGAAAGCGUGGAUAUCCCAGAUCUAACAGCAGUGGCUCUGCUGAGGCAUUUACCCCUCAACACGAAGAGAUUGUUAGAUUUCUGUAUGAAGCAUGGACAAAAGUAAACAAUGAAAUGGAUUCGUGUGCUCGUAGUCAGAGAGAAGGAGGACCUAUAGUUUACAAAGACAAGAAUCCAAACAACCCAACACUAGCCAAUUUUAAACCUUUUGACUUGGAGUCUUACUGGGGAGACCGUCAACUAAAUAGUUUGAAUAUACAAAAGUAAAAUGUACGGAGGGAAGGAAUUACUCUACCAAAGUCUUUCGAUCAGCAUUUUUAAAGUCAUCAUUUUACAUUAUUUGUAUUUUAAGCAUAUUGAAGUAAAUGUUACAUUUUAUUUCUUUAUUGAUUACUUGUUAAAUAACAAGUAACACAUGUUUUGUAAACUUUGUUGUUGUCAUCAUUUGCAUGCGAGAUGACCUUGAGGUUGUCAUUAAAUGAUUUUAUAACCAA